CAGGGUGGUCAAGCUGGCGACUACCUCACUGUCCCCUCCUUCAUUCUUAAUGGCUUCCAUGAUUUUAGCACUUCAAAGAUAGAAAAAUGGAUGACCCAACGCCUAGCUUUUUGGGCAAAGUGUCCUCGAUCUUCUCCCCUCCAGCAUGGAACUCACCAAGAUUUAAUCCUCUGUUAUAAACACUUCCCCCAUUUUCAUCGUCUUCAUGAUCUUCACGAUCAUCACCAUUUCUGGCUGAGAAACACGGAGAGAGAGAGAGAGAGAGAGAGAGAGAGAGAGAGAGAGAGAGAGAGAGAGAGAGAGAGAGAGAGAGAGAGAGAGAGAGAGAAUAUGUUGCAGAGGGCAGCAAGCAAUGCAUAUUCAUGGUGGUGGGCAAGCCACAUCAGAACCAAGCAGUCCAAAUGGAUUGAACAGAACCUCCAAGAUAUGGAGGAGAAGGUGAAAUACGUGCUCCAAAUCGUUGAUGAGGAUGGAGACUCUUUCUCAAUGAGGGCAGAAAUGUACUACAGGAAGAGACCAGAGCUAAUCAACUUUGUAGAAGAAUCUUACCGAGCGUACCGGGCAUUAGCAGAGAGAUAUAAUCACAUGUCAAGGGAUCUGCAAAAUGCAAAUCACACCAUAGCCACCGUUUUUCCUGAACAGGUUCAGUUUGCAAUGGAUCAUGAUGUAGAAAAUUUACCUGAAACAUCCACUCCCUCCCGUGAUACCAAUAACCCCUCUAAGGUUUUACCAGCUGUCCCAAAAACAUAUUUCCCGAAACUCCCUACGCUCACAAGAAACUUUACGAAGAGCUUCUCAAGAAAAGGGCAGCUGAACAAAGCUGCCGCUGCUGCUAAAGCUGCCAUAGUUUCAGGAUUAACCAAAACAGAGGCACUUGAGGAAAUUGACAAGCUUCAGAAAAAAAUUUUGGCAAUGCAAACUGAAAAGGAGUUCAUAAAGACCUCGUAUGAAAGCAGGCUUGUGAAGUACUGGGAAAUCGAAAAGCAGAUAACAGAAAUGCAGGGAAAAGUUUCCAGCUUACAAGAUGAGUUUGGUAUUGGCACAGUUAUUGAGGAUCAUGAAGCCAGAACUUUAAUGGCAGACACAGCUCUAAAAUCAUGUCAAGAUACUUUGUCUCAGUUGCAAGAGAAAGAAGAGCAAUCAGCUGAAGAAGCAAGAGCAGAGUACCAAAAAAUUAAAGAAGCCCGUGAGAAGUUGAAGACUCUGAGAGAUGAAUUUCUUGGCAAAAUUAAGGGUCAGCAUGAGUUGCUUAAAGUCUAUGAAUCUGUGCACAAUAUCCCAAAAUUGGAGAACUUAGACCAAGAAGUCAGUAGCAUGGAAUGGGAGAAACAUGAUUUGGAACUGCUGCGGCAGAAGAUUAAAGAACAAUUUGAAUUGGAUUCUACAUCUCACAACAUGAUAGAACUGGCAGAGAAGAUAGAUGAUCUUGUAAAUAAGGUUAUUUCUCUGGAAACUGUGGUGUCUUCUCAGACUGCUUUGGUGAAGAGAUUAAGGUCAGAAACAGGUGAGCUUCAGGAGCACAUUCAUAGCCUGGAAGUGGAUAAGGAGAGUCUGAUUGAGAGUUCAGAUCAUAUGAGUGACAAGCUCAGAGAGUUGGAGGACGAAUUGCUCAGAGUUAAAGAACUCAAUCAGAGGGUUGAAGACCAAAACCACAACCUCCAAAGGCAAUUUGCUGAAGCAACCUGUAAUCUUGAUCAUCUAUCUGACAAACUGCAGAAUGUGAGGCCAGAUGAGGUUGACAAUGAGGCUUUGUUCCAAGAAGCAAGUUCCUUUACAGAUCCCAAACUGGAGAAAGAGUUGUUCGGACAUGGAGAUGUAGCAACUCCUUGUAAUGGUUCGCUGAACUUGAACAAGGUGAAAAUAGAAGACCAAGAAGCAAAGGAUGAUGCCACAGAUCUCAGAAGCUCUGUCAAAAUUGAGGAAAAAGAAAAUAUAUUUCAGUCGAAACCAUUCAAUUGCCUGAAUGUUGUUUCUGAACAAUGUCAAGAUGCUAGAAGAGAAGACAGAGAGAAGAAAGAUGAUGCUGCAGUUCUCAGUAGUUCUGUCACAACUGAAGAAAAAAUUUUAGUUCAGUCAAAUCUGCACAGUGACAUGAAUAUUGUUUCUGAAAUAUGUCAAGAACAAGAGGGGGAAGAAGAUGGGAAGCAAGAUUUUUCCUUGGCAUUGACCAAGGAUCGUGCUUCUGAGCCACAGGAACUGGAAGUUUUGAAAGAAGAUCUGCCAAGGUGGGGGCAGCUUUUAAAUGGGCUAGAAGACAGAGAAAAAUUUCUACUGGAGGAGUACACUGUAAUUCUUCGCAAUUACAAAGAAGUAAAGAAGAAGCUUGGUGAAGUGGAGAAGAAAAAUCAGGAUAUCCUCUUUGAAUCAGAGAUGCAGAUAAGGGAACUAAAUGAUGUUAAUUCCUUGAAGGAUGAAGAGAUUCAAUCUCUACGUCAAAAACUGAGCGCUUCACAAGCAAAGCCAGAUGAAAAUCUGGAUACCAGACUGACAGAAUUUCACUUGCAGCAGGAAUGGCCCCAAGAAAGCACUGGUGAAGGAGCUAGCUUUCAGGUUUAUGAUAUUUCAUCUCUUACUGCAAACAAAGGACUUCUCAAUAUCUCGAAUGAACCAAUUGUUGAAUCCACAGAAAGAACUGUAAACUCGGGUUCUUCAGGAAAUACAAGAGUCUCUCCUAUGGAAGAUGAAGAAAAUGAAAUCAAGGAAAUUCAUGUUGAGGAAUCUCAGGAUGUUUCGACAAUUGAAGAGAAAUUUCGCUCCAACAUCGACUCACUAUUGGAAGAAAACCUGGAGUUCUGGUUGAGGUUUAGCACCUCGUUUCAUCAGAUACAGAAAUUUGAAAGUUCAAUCCAUGAUUUACAAGUGGAGGUAUCAAAACUGAAGGAAGAUGGAAGCACUAAACUUCAGUCUCUAAAAUCAGAUGCUCAGCCAAUAUAUAAUCACCUGAGAGAGAUACAAACUGAGUUAGCUUUAUGGUUGGAGCAGAAUGCAAUACUAAAUGACGAGUUGCAGAGUAGAUUGUCAUCUUUGUGCAGCAUUCAAGAAGAGAUAUCAAGACAGUCAAAUGCAGCAGGUUCUAAGGCUGAUGAGACACAGCUCAAUAGGUAUCAGGCUGCAAAGUUUCAAGGAGAGGUCCUGAACAUGAAACAGGAAAACAAUAAGGUUGCAGAUGAGCUACAAGCUGGUUUUGAUCAUGUGAGAGGACUACAGGUUGAAAUCAAGAAGACACUCUCAAAAUUGGAUGAUGAGUUUGGAAUUUCAGCAUCAAAGAACCAUUCCUUCAACAUAAAGAAUUCCUUGCAUCGGUCGUCUCGAGUUCCAUUGCGGUCUUUCUUGUUUGGGGUCAAGUUGAAGAAACAGAAGCCAUCAAUCUUCUCCUGCAUAAAUCCAGUGUUGCAGAAACAAUACAGUGAUCUAGCUUCUGGACUCCAUACAUAAAUUACUUUUUCUCCACAUCUUUGUUAUUUUUAAAUCUUUUCAUAGAAACACAAGUGGGAAAGGUUUUUUUUUUUAUCUUCUUGUUCUGGAAAUUGUGCAUACUUAUGAGUUGUCAAGAUUGAUUGGAAGAGGCUAACUCCCUCCCUCUCUCUCUCUCUCUCUCUCUCUCUCUCUUCUGGUUUCUAAAGUAGGAAACACUUUGUUAUCUUUCUGGUACGACUGUUAUUUAAUCAUUAUACAAAUAGACAG